AAGUGUUCUCUCCACACGUCGUCUAAUCGUCUUCCCCGCCGUCCAGAGGCCGCCGCGACACGAAGCCUCCGCCCUCUGGAAACGCACGCACGCGCUCCACGUCCACGGUGGGGACCACGAAGAUAAGCUUCUCUGCUCCGUCUCCGCUCCUCCCCUUCGUGACGAGCCGCAUCUUCUCCCCCGCGCGCCCGACCCGCUCCGGCGAGCUAGGCAUGGCCGUCCUCCUCCGCGGCACGCCCGCCGUUGCCGCCGCGACCGCGGGCCCCUCCUCUGCGCUCCUCGCCACCACCUUCCGCCGCGCCCGCGGCGGCUGCGGGCGCCUCCUGCCUGCCGCGCUGCGGCUCCGCCGCGCGUUCGGGGCCCGCGCCUCGGCGCAGCCGCUCGAGGUCUGCGCGAAGGAAUCCAUCACCGUCCCGGGGCGCCUGGGCGACUGUCCGUUCACACAAAGGGUUUUGUUGACAAUAGAGGAGAAGCAUCUGCCAUAUGAUCUAAAGCUAGUUGAUCUAUCUAAUAAACCAGAUUGGUUAUUUGCAAUCAAUCCAGAAGGUAAGGUGCCUAUUGUGAAGGUUGAGGACAAAUGGAUAGCUGAUUCCGAUGUUAUAACAAAAGCAUUAGAGGAGAAGUACCCUGAACCACCCUUGGCAACUCCAGCAGACAAAGCUUCAAUAGGGUCGAAAAUAUUUUCCACCUUCAUCGGUUUCCUCAAAAGCAAAGAUCCUAGUGAUGGAACAGAACAGGCACUACUUGAUGAGCUGACUUCGUUUGAUACUUAUAUGAAGGAUAAUGGUCCAUUUAUUAAUGGUGGAGCAGUUUCUACUGCUGAUCUCUCUCUGGGUCCUAAACUAUAUCACAUGGAGAUAGCUCUUGGUCACUACAAGAGUUGGUCUGUUCCAGAUUCACUUUCACAUGUAAAACAAUACAUGAAGUCAAUUUUCUCAAUGGAUUCUUUUGUCAAAACUCGAGCUCUGCAAGAGGAUGUAAUUGCUGGAUGGCGCCCAAAAGUCAUGGGUUAAAUCACAUUUGUAAAGUAACAAGUUCAGUUCAUACUUAUGUCGUAACUAGAAGUAUGGAGGCAGGAUUGUUAUUGGCUAUGCAACAACAACAACAACAACAACAUAGCCUUUUUUUCCAAGCAAGUUGGGGUAGGCUAGAGAUGAAACCCGAAAGAAAUAAGUUCAAGGUUCAGGCACAUUGAUAGCUAGUCUCCAAGCGCUCCUAUCUGUUAUUGGCUAUGCAAAAGUAAUAUUUCAAUCACAUGUGUAAAAUACAUGUAGAGAACUGUCUAUAAUGUCAUUGAGUGGGCAUUUCAGCUAUUUGCUUGUACAAGGAAUAUUAAUAUCUGUUGUUGAUGGUUAAGUGUACUCCAAUAGUAGUUGUUCCCCUACUUAA